AUGCGCUUUUCGACUGUCGCGGCCGCUCUCGCUUCCUUCGCCGCCUGCGUCGUCGCCGCGCCCGUCGAACUCGACGCUCGCGGCCUCUAUCCCUUGCCGACAGACGACCCGUUCUACCAAAUCCCGACCAGCAUCCGCUCUGCGUCGAACGGUCAGGUCCUGAAGUCGCGGCAGAUCAACACGGCGUACGAUGUCCUCUCCCAGUCGACCUGGCAAGUUCAGUACAAGACGACCGGCGCACUUGGCGAGGCGGAUGCGACCGUCGCUACGCUCUUCACGCCCAAAGUCCCAUCCAGUCCACCCAAGAUCAUGCUCCUCAUGGCGCCCGUCGACUCGGCCAACCCGAACUGCGAAGUCUCCUACGGCACGCGCGACCCGACGUCCGGACCAGCAGGCUACGACGCCUCGACCGUCGGAGUCGACAUCCUCGCCGCCUUGAGCAACGGGUGGUACGUCGCCAUGCCCGAUCACGAGGGGUCCAAGGCCGCGUUCAUCUCGGGCGUCACCGAGGCGCUCGCUGGACUCGAUGGCCUCAGGGCUCUCCUCAACUUCCGCCAGGUCUUGCCCGACUCGACGGGAUACAAGGCCAUCAUUCACGGAUACUCUGGCGGCGGUCACGCUUCUGCCUGGGCGACCCAGUUCGCACAGACGUAUGGCAAGGGACUCAACAUCAUCGCCGGAUGCUACGGUGGUGUCCCUGUCGACUUGCUCGCAACGCUGCAGAAGUUGAACAAGAGCUUCUUCGCCUCGUUCGCCAUCAGCGCUCUCGCCGGCAUGAGCAGCGCCUACCCCGAACUCAAGCAGUGGCUCCUGCCUCGCCUAUACCCGAACGGCACGGCCGCCUACCAAGCUGCGAAGACCGACAACAGCUGCAACGUUGCGGCGGCGCAGCCGUUCGUCGACGUCUACACGUACGUCAAGGGCGGUGAGGCAGCUAUCGGCGAGCCCAUCCCCGCCAAGUACUUCAACAUGGGCAAGCUCGGCCAGCCUCUCUCGACCAACGUCGGCAGCAUCUCGGGCGUCCUUCCCGUCCCCGUCUUCCAGUACCACUCAGCGUCCGACGAGAUCGUCCCCUACCCUCCCGUGCCGGGCUACGUCGCGGACCAGUGUUCUCGCGGCGCGCACAUUCAGUUCUCGACAACCGCCGUCUCGGAACACUUGACCGCCUUUAUCGAAUACGUCGGCGACACGUUCAUCUUCAUGAAGAAUGCGUUCGAUGGGAACUUUGGCGGCACGGACAAGGCGUGCUCGACGGUGCAGACUAUCGUCGCGCCCAUCUUCUCGCCUGCGUACAUCGCCGCCAUCGGCCCCGAGGCGUACGCCAAGGUUCUCUCACUCCAGGGCACGACGGUUCAGGGCAUGAAGAUCAACCCGAGUGCGCGCGCUUGA